UGACAGGUAUCAGAAAAGUCAAUUCUGUUGUCAUACAUGGGUUUGGUCGAACAAAGAAAUGUUCAACCGUAAAAUAUGUUGGACCCCAACAAAUGCAUAGAAAUGGGAAUAUUUUUUUACGUUCUAAAGAAUCCUCCGUCUCUAUUCCACCUAUGGCGUAACAAGAAAAGGGUCCGAUCGUUCAUCAACUAGCUGUCAAAGUCAGGGGACCCCCGCAGACUUGACAUGUUAAAGAGGUUUCGGAGAACUUCCAGAGGUUCAACAGCGGGCCCUCCUCUGGAUCUGAAGAUCCCAGCAUUCGAGCCAAGUUAGCCGGACGGGCUGGUUGCUGAAGACUACUUGAUAUUCUAUUAGCAACGUGCUAUGCGCAUACGUUUUGACAGUCGCGAAAUGUUUUGUGAAAAAUUGUGUUUCUUAGUUUUGGUUUUGGCAGGAUUAGAAACGGCUCAGAGUUCAAGAUGUGAGCAAUUAGUGGCCUUGUCUACUUCAGAAGAUAAACAAACUGUAGUGGACACUAAUUUGGAAUUACUGGCAGGCACUUGGAUCUCUGAAGGAUGUGAAACACGCCCAGGGCCUGAAUAUGUCAUCCGACACUACCAAUUUGGAGAUAAAGGAAAUUUCACUCUUAUUCAGCAUCAUUAUUGGGACGAAAGCUGUUCUUCUCCGAAGCUCACAGUUACAGCAAACGGGCGUCUGACACUGAGAAAUUCCUUAAUUCAACCAGGGGCCAGUACCGGAUAUCCAAAACUUCGAAAUAUCACCAUCAUCCCUCAAGAUGUCAACGCAGCAAAGGAAUUGGAUAGACUGGUAGCAGCUAGAUGCCCAGGUCAGUACUGGAAGACUUGGAGACGUUACGAAGAACACCUGGUCUUCGAGAAUAAAAAUAUGGCUAGAAGAAAACCCUCUGCAUACUUGUCACCAAUCAACAACUACCACUCUGUAAACAGCCAGAGGAAUGUCCUCCACGCAUCCGGUCACAUAUCUUGCUUAGGCUCCCUCAAAUGGGCCUUUAACGAGAUCAAGCUCUUAAAAAUCCAACUGAGACCAAUCCCGAACAGCCGGAUCAAAAAAGUGAAGGAGAUGAAGAUGGAGCUCCUCCUUGGAGACAUCCACAGCAACGCACAUCUCAGAGAGGUUUACAACCCAACCAGUUUCCAACAGCCACUAGUGAAGCACGUAGAAAACGAGUUUGUUACCGUCAAUAAGCAUCCAUACUUGAUCAGGAACACGAACAGCAUCAUGUCGAACGUCUUUACCAACCCUAAGAACCCGCCUCAUCUGUUGGUCAAGCUGAAACUCCCCCCUUACAUUUGGGGCGAAUGGACAUCCACCAGGUGUGAGAUCAGGAACAUGGGGCUCUACUUGAAACGGCUGUUCUACUUCUACUCAGAAGACUCCACGUGGAUUGGUGAACAUAAGUUCUACGCUGAUCCUUUCUGCAGCGUUGUCAAGUUUUCGGUUACUGCUGCCGGUUACUUGGACAUCGCAGGGGAGAGCAAGAUCAUCCCGGGAUCCUACGAUAUCGACUUCAACAUAGAAAAGGCUAGCCUUACCGUUAUGGACCAGAGGAUGGUGAGCGAUAUGCACCUUACCAACACCUGUGGUCUUGACGAGUGGGUGGUUAACGUACCGAAGGAACUCAGCUCGACCAAAGGUUGUCCUCAGCUGGGAAUAGUCCUUCCGUCUGUUCUCCAGGACAUUGUGAAGAUCGAGAUGGAUUUCGUUGGGUCCUUAUUGCUUUUCUUGGGUCAGUCGGAUAGUGAUAACUUGCCUAGUUCGAUGAAAGAAAGGCCUACUGCGUUUCAGCCCCCUUUGAUGAAGUGUGGUGAUGUGGCUACUUAUUCUCAGGAGCUUAGGGAUAUUUUGUAUGAUGAUUUGGAGUUUAGUAGUGGUAAUUCCAGGUUCUUGCAUAUCCAACUGCUAGUUGUUGCGUUAUUAGUAACAGUUUUGAAUGUUUUGCGGUGAAAACUGAUAUAGAAUCGAAUUUUAUUGUGUAAAUAUUGAGUUAUCUGUGAUACUAGGUAGAUGAAUUUUGUACAAUUCUUUAAUUUAAUUCAGGUAGUUAAUCAGUUAUGACAAACUAUUCUUGUGGAUAGAAUUCCUUUGAAUUGAAAGCAUUUGGUGAAUAUCUUGAUGAAAAUCACCAACAUAUUUGAAGAAAACAUGAAUAUGAGGUUUAUCUCUCAGUUGGAAGUUGUCUCUAAGACCCAAUUUCCACUUUCUUAAAAUUAUAUGAAACAUUCAUUCUUCUACAAUCAUAUCAAGAAAGAUAUAUAUUUUCUCAUAAGAAAAAACAAAUUUGAAGAGAGACAACAUAUUAUUCUUUGUAACAUAAAAUUGGUGAAUUUCACAAAAUUGAUAAAUCCAAGGCAAGAGUGUUCCAAGUACCAACAUAUAAUAAUAAAAUAUAACCAUGAAUCGGUGUGAAACUAAGAUAAUCCCGCACAAUUUGGUUCUACCUACAAGGUAUGGCAGAAUUAACGGGAAAAUAAAUACUAUAAAAUUGUGUUGUCCAUAUAAAGCUGAGACUGUUAUAUUGAACAAAUAUUCUCAAUUUGACCUAUAAUAUAUUUUAUUACCGACAUUUUAUGGCCGAUAUGUUUUGGGUGGGACAGUCUGUAUAUUAAAUAUAGAAACCAGUGAUAGAAAAAUUUGUGAAUAUUGUAUAUAUUAGACUGUAAGAACUUUUAUUUAUUACUUCCCAAUAAAUACAAAAGUUGAAUAUUA